AAGGGAAGCAGCCUGGCGCUUCCUCCUCCGUCUGGACCUGUCUUCCACUCCCGCCUGCGUGCACGGACGUUGACUUGCAGAAAGGGCGGUGCUUGGCGGUGCGAAGCAAAGGAGCGAGGAAGCAACGUCGAGCAGCUUGCCGCCCUUCUCGUAUCCAUCAUCAUCCUGAUCUCUCCAUUGUGAGUUGCUGGACUUCUCUCCACAUCCGGCUGUUACGAGGACGUAUCAACACCGCCGACAUGCUCCUCAGAGCGGCGACCCGCAGCGGCAGCGCCGCCAACCAUACUCCCUUCUUUCUGCCGGGGGCCUUCGCAUCGCGCACCGCGAGACGGCCAUUCAGCCAAUGCAAGACCCGUAGGGCAGGGGCCGAAUCGCCGGAGGGCUCAUCAUCGUCUAGAGCAGGGGGCUACCACCGAGCGGGCGGCGGCAGCGGCAGCGGCAGCAACGAUGGCGGCAGCGAAAACGCGUCAAGCAAGAUCAAGGGCUUCCUCAACUCAACGGCCGCAGAGGCUGCCCUGGGCGCAUCAGCAGGCGUCAUUCUUCUCGGCGGCGCAGGCCUGCUCUACAACUCCUGGUACAAAUCCAACGUCCUGGCCAAGAUGGAGGAAGCCUUUGCAGCCGGGUACGACCCUGUCCUCGCCCUCGUCCAGUCGUCCGAGGGUACGGGCUCGGCAGCGACUCUUGAGCAGCUGGCAUACACGAAAGUCGAGGGAAGACCAGAAGACGAUCUCAUUGCGAGGAUCUUGAAGGGUCAAGAGCGUGGUCGUUACUACCUCAUCCUCGGGCCAAAGGGAAGUGGAAAGACGACCAGCAUCAUCCAAGCAAUGAAGGAGCAGAAUGCAGACGGCGUCGCCUUCUUCGAGGCUCACUCCGAUCCCGCAAUCGUAGUCGAUCGGAUGAGCGAGUCCUGCAACUAUUCGAUGCACCGUGACUACCUGGGCAACCUUGUGGGGCUGUCAGAUUUGAGCGGCAUGUCGUCCUUUCAACAUCUGGAGCGUCUCCUUCACAAGCUGGAGCGGGCGCUGAUCAGCAGAAGACAGAAGACGGGACGCCCAGCAGUAAUCGUGAUGAAUGCUGCGCAUCUCCUGAUGCAGGGGGAGGACGAGUCUGCCAAUGAGGAUGCGCUGGAGAUCCUAACUGUCCUGCAGCAAAGAGCGGAGAGGUGGGCAAGCGCGGGUACGUGCACCUUCGUCAUCACAUCCAACGACUACCGCAUCUAUGACGCAUUGCGCCGUCACUCCAACCGAAUGGAUACUUUGACUUUCCGGGACCUCUCUCGCCGUCAGAGUUUGGCGGUCCUUCGAGACUGCAGGAGACAGUACUGGGGGGAUGUGGAUGCCGGACGUCAUACAGACGAGCAGCUCGAUGCCGUCUAUCGUCUGACAGGGGGGAGGUUGAGCAUACUGAACAAGGUGGCAAGACGAAGAGAUAUGCUGAAGGCGGCGAAACAGAUCGUCGAAGAUGAUGCGCAAUUCGUGCUGAGCAAGACGGCAAUUAUCGAGGACCACGAUGACGAUGUGAUGGAUGAGCAGAAAUGGUCCACCUGCUCCUGGCUCCUCUUCCUCGAGCUAGCGAAACGCCAACGUGCCAUGGAAGAAGAGCAAGCGCGACUCCUGCAGACCGCAGCCGGUCGUCGACUAGCCCAGCAACACGACGACGAUGACGAACGAGAGACGCGGCAGGGUUCCGAACCCUCGCCGGCCGAUGGAACACACAGCGCAAUGAUCGAGUCACCCCUCACCGACCCAUCACGCGACGCUCCGCCACCAGCACCACAGCAGGACGAGGAGCCUUCCGUCUCCCUGGACGUACCUGACCCGUCUAUCUCCUGGGGAGAGGCUCGUCAGGUGAUGACUCGCCCAGACUACGUCAAGAUCUUGGAUCACUUGAACCUGAUUGCCAUUGAUCGGCAUCAUCAGAUCCGCGCGCAGAGCAUGCCUUUACUGAGGGCAUUCGCGAAGGUGGCGCUGGACGACGCGGAGUUCGAGGACAGACUGGAGAGGGUCAUGGAUAGGGUGUCGGCCAUUGAGAGUUUGCUGAGGACGAAGGAGCUCAUAUGGAAGGACGACGAGAAGCGAUUCCCUGUGCAGUUGAGUAGAUAGGAGAGGCGGAAAAACGCGGCGUGUGAGGGGCGACUACGCGUGCUCAAUGAUCACUAUCAAAUUGAGCAGUUCGUUGACCGAGC